GUCUUGUGCCAAGAACUAAAGUUGUCAGUUGUGUAGUGUUAUUUGCUUUGUGGCAGUUGCUCGUUCUUGUGUUAAAAAGCGAAGAAGAAGACCGUUUAAUAAAUACCGAACUUUAACUGCUUAGAUUGUCAGUGCGUCUUUUUUGGUUCGAACAUCAACGACCCGGUUAAAGUAAUUUCGUCUUGGUAAUUAGAAAAUGUCGGGUAAUGAAACAAAGCUGUGGGGAGGUCGGUUCGGAGAGGACGUGGAUUCUUUAAUGGAGAAGUUCAAUUCUUCCAUUAACAUCGAUAAACGAUUGUGCCAUGCCGAUAUUAAAGGAAGUAAAGCCUAUGCUAAAGCAAUUCAAAAGUCCGGUUUGAUUUCAGCUGAUGAACUGGAAGCCAUUACAUCUGGCUUGAAUGAGGUGGACGAGGAAUGGAAAAAAGAAAGUUUUGUGAUUCAAAGAAACGACGAAGAUAUCCACACUGCUAAUGAAAGAAGGUUAACUGAACUUAUUGGGCAACAAAUUGCAGGUAAACUUCACACUGGAAGAAGCAGGAAUGACCAGGUUGCCACAGAUGUAAGGUUGUGGUUAAAAGAUGAAAUAAAAUCUAUAAAAGUAAUUUUGGCACGUUUAAUACAAUGUAUAUGUGACCGGGCACAUAGAGAAAUUGAUGUGAUAAUGCCUGGGUAUACACACAUGCAAAGAGCCCAACCCAUAAGAUGGAGUCAUUGGCUUAUGAGCUAUGCAGUUGCGUUUUUGCGAGAUAUGGAUAUGCUUAAUGAUAUGUAUAAAAGGGUUGAUGUUCUACCAUUGGGAAGUGGGGCUCUGGCGGGUAAUCCGUUCAACAUUGAUCGAGAAUACUUGGCAAAAGAACUCGACUUUGCCCACAUUAGUUUUAACAGUCUUGAUGCGACUGGAAACAGAGACUUUGUCUCUGACAUGCUUUUCUGGUCUUCACAAUUCAGCUGCCACUUAAGCAGACUGUCAGAAGAUUUAAUUAUGUACAGCACAAAGGAAUUUGGCUUUGUUGAAUUGGCUGAUAAAUACUCAACAGGAAGCAGUCUAAUGCCACAGAAGAAAAACCCUGAUUGUCUGGAGCUGAUUCGUGGCAAAUGUGGGACCAUAAUUGGAAAAGCUAUGGGUUUUCUAACCACUUUAAAGGGGUUGCCAAGCACAUACAAUAAAGACCUACAGGAAGAUAAAGUGCCUUUGUUCGAAACUUGUGAUAUGGUGGUGGCUAUGAUUGAAAUAGCUAUGGGUGUUAUAAACACUUUAACAAUUAACCCUUUGAACAUGGAAGCAGCUUUAACGAAAGAUAUGCUUGCCACAGACCUUGCUUAUUACUUAGUCCGAAAAAAUGUCCCAUUUCGCAUUGCACAUAAUCUGUCCGGACAAGUGGUCAAAAAAGCUGAAGAAAAAAAGUGUAAGCUCAAUGAAGUCUCGCUUGAGGAACUGAGAAAAAUCAGCGAGAAAUUUGACGCAGAUGUGGUUGAGGUGUGGAACUUUGAACAUUCGGUAGAGCAGUACAAAGCUUCAGGAGGCACGAGCAAAUCCAGUGUUUUAGCCCAAAUUGAAUCAGUUUCUCAGUGCCUGAACCAUUAGCUUGGCGGUGUUAAUAUAGUAGUGUGGUGAAGUUGUGUCUAAUCUGCUUCUAUGUUCAACUGGUUGCAAUUUGUUAUGUGCAAUAAUACAUUAUAGUUAGCCACUUAGCUUUAAAUAAAUCUUUUUUUAUUGGUUUUAAGUAGCAUCACACUUACAAUGGCAAUCCUGUUUAUACAUUUCCAAGACUAAUGUCUAAUUGAACUAAUUUUGGUUUUGACUUCCUAACAUAAAAGAUUGGUUGAUCCUAAUUUAUUAUCUACAUAUGUUUAUGCCUAUAGUAGUGUGACUGUGAUAUUUCUAUAUAGUUUGGUUAUAAACCUGAACCAGUACUGUGUAUGCCAUCCAUUUCAUAUCCUACUUUCGAUCUUAAUACAAUCAACUUUUUUUCUUUCACA